CUCGCCCCGCCCACGCCGCGCCCAGCACGGAGCCCCGCGGAGCGCAGUGCUUGGAACCCGGAGCCCGGAGCUGCGAUGAAGGUCUGGAGCUCGGAGCACGUGUUCGGCCACCCAUGGGACACGGUCAUCAAGGCUGCCAUGAGGAAGUACCCGAAUCCGAUGAACCCCUGUGUCGUGGGAGUCGAUGUGUUGGAGCGCAGCGUGGACAGCCACGGCCGGCUGCACAGCCACCGCCUCCUGAGCACCGAGUGGGGGCUGCCGGGCCUCGUGAGAGCGCACCGUGACAGACUGCAGCCCGGCUGUAUCAUUUGUUGGAUUUUGGGGACCAGUAGGACUUUGACAUACAUUAAAGAGCAUUCAAUUGUGGACCCGGUGGAAAAGAAGAUGGAGCUUUGCUCUACCAAUAUUACACUCACAAACUUGGUAUCAGUGAACGAGAGAUUGGUAUACACACCCCAUCCAGAGAACCCUGAAAUGACUGUGCUCACACAAGAAGCCAUCAUCACUGUGAAGGGCAUCAGCCUAGGCAGCUAUCUGGAAAGUUUAAUGGCCAACACAAUAUCAUCCAAUGCACAGAAGACGCCUCGCCCAAAAAACCAAAGGAAGGAAGGAAGGAAAGAGAAAGGAAUACAGACGCGAGGCUCAGCGGUCGUUCGCCGGCGGUCCCGGCCGGGAGACGCGUGCGGUCUGCCGGUCACCGCCUCCGCCGGCUUCCGCGCGGCGACCUCGCGAGCGCAGUUCCGGAGGCCGCGCCCGGCGCAGCGGCAGGAUGACGUCGCAGUUCGAGGACAGGCCCGCCGCGCCGCGCCAGGCACCUCGUCUGCUGUCCCGGAGCAGCAGCUCCUCGGGAUCCUGUUAAACAGCUUUUCUCUUUUCCGACAACUCCCGUUUCCCGCACGUGCUCCUUCACCAACAGCCGUCACCACUAGUUCCUGCACACACGUCCGGCCGCCGCCUGGCACGUCAGACGCUGUCGCUGCCCAUCCUCUGCCCUCAUCACUGCAGGUCCCACGCGUCGGCUGCGGCAGGGCGGCCACCGCCGCGGGCGACAAGCCCUCUGCCCCUGCGGCGGUGCCCUGAGGGGCGGGGGCUGAGGGCCCCGGUGACCGCGGGUGGCUCGUCGCGCGGCGCGGCAGCAGCCGAGGUGCCUGAGGGUGCACGCUGUCCGCUCCGCUUUAAGACUUCCAGCUGGACGUGUGAGCUUACCCAUUUUCAAAAGUAAACUGUAAAAUCUCUUUCGGUGCAUUUCCAGUGAGAACUGUAGAGAAGGCUUCUGCCAUAAAGGGUGGGUAGGACUGCUCCUUACCUCGCGUUUUAGGCAUUGCUUUUUGUUUGAUAACAGUACUUCUAAUCCAAAGUGAAAUUAAAUUUAUAUUUUUAUCAAACUUUUUUCAUAAUUUAAGAUAAAAGAGUUAAAAAGAUUUAUGGCAAAAAGAAUCCCGCUUACCUUUUCUGCAAAGCACGUUUCUACUUUCAACUCUGAGUAGCUUCAAGCAUUUCCUGCCAGAUUUCUAAAUAAACGUUUUCUGCUGUUUUGAUUCAACAACUUUAGACAUUCUCUAUU